GUCUACGGACAUAUGGACCACGACGAUACCGAGCAAGACCGAUGACUUGAACAACCCAUCAGAACCACCACCAACCCUGCGAGCAUCCGGCCGGAAGCAAUUUCUGUUGCGUCGCUUCCUCGCCGGGAACAAUUGGCGACGGGCUUCCCGCCAGCUGACUUGGAGCGCAGCGGAUAACGCCUUCACUGCGCAAUUGCGUAUGCGUGUCCCCCUCAUUGCAAACUUGAGGUUAUCGCCGUAGCCUCCGAGAUGGACGGUGGUCGACCUGCCGGCGGCUACCAGACCAGCGUCUUUCGCGCGCAGCCAAGUGAGAAUCACGAGCGCAAAAUUCAACGCAGGAAUCGUCCACCUGUGUCUUGUUCUCUUUGUCGGACUAGAAAGCCGCUGACGCAUCUGGACCUGCCCCCGAGACAUAUCUACUGCGUCUCAUCGGCCCCGGACAACUGGAACGAACUAGUCAUGGGAUUAGUUCUCCAGUGUAAGGAGGAAAUUUACAUCCGCUGCCAUAUCCCAGGUCGUCAUGUCGCGCUCAUUCUAUUUUUGGUCGCUCAGAUCGGUCUUGGACACAAAUUGCUAACAUCGGCUUCAGGUAAAAUGCGAUAGACAGCAG